CAUGGCAACCAGGGAGCGCCGCUGACGUGCGGCGGCGGCUCUUCCGGCAAGAUGGCGGCCGUCGAAGUAGCCGCAGAGCCGGUAACGGUGGUGGCGGCCGCGGGACCAAAGAAGGCGAAGGAGGAAGAGGAGGAGGAAGAGGAGUCGCUGCCGCCGUGCGAGGCGGUGCGCUGGGCCCCGGUGGGCGCGGUGGCCGAGGCCGGGCCCGGGGCGACUGCGUUCUCGGAGGAGGCGGCUGCCGAGGACCCCGGCGCGGCCCCGGGCUCCCCGCCCGACUCUCCGGGCCGGACGCUGCGGCGGCUGCGGGCCGAGCGGCGGCGGCUGGACUCGGCGCUGCUCGCGCUGUCCUCGCACUUCGCGCAGGUGCAGUUCCGCCUGCGCCAGGUGGUGCGCGGGGCGCCGGCCGAGCAGCAGCGCCUCCUGCGCGAGCUCGAGGACUUCGCCUUCCGCGGCUGCCCGCACGUCCUGGGCUACGGGGAGCCCGAGGACGCCGCCUGCGACGAGGGCGACGGGCUGCCGGGGGACCGGCCCCGGCUGCGGGGCGAGGACCAGAGUGAACAGAAUAAACGGGAACGUCUGGAAACCCAAAGGGAGAAACAGAAGGAACUGAUACUGCAGCUCAAAACCCAGCUAGAUGAUCUGGAAACGUUUGCCUAUCAAGAGGGCAAUUAUGAUUCCUUACCACAGUCUGUGGUCUUGGAAAGACAGCGGGUGAUCAUAGAUGAAUUAAUAAAGAAACUGGACAUGAACCUGAAUGAGGACAUCAGUUCACUGUCUACUGAAGAGCUUCGGCAACGUGUUGAUGCAGCUGUGGCUCAGAUUGUAAAUCCAGCCCGAGUGAAAGAACAGUUGGUUGAGCAGCUGAAAACUCAGAUCCGAGAUCUCGAGAUGUUUAUCGACUUCAUCCAAGAUGAAGUGGGAAACCCACUGCAGACGGAUAAUGGACACUGUGAGUGCAAGGCCGGUGGGAAGACAGGGAAUGGCUCCACCAGAACUGGCAGCAGCAGACUGCCUCCAAGAAACAGCAAACCGAAGGCGGAAGACGUGAAGAAAGUGCGGGAGACGGGGCUGCACCUGAUGCGGCGAGCACUGGCAGUGCUCCAGAUCUUUGCUGUUAGCCAGUUUGGUUGUGCCACAGGCCACAUCCCACAAACCCUGUGGCCAACGGGCCAGGCUGACAGGGACUACUCUCCCUUACUGAAGAGGCUGGAGGUGUCAGUAGACAGAGUGAAGCAGCUAGCCCUAAGGCAACAGCCUUACGGCCACGUCAUCACCUCUGCCAACCUCCAGGACCUCUCUCUGGGGGGCAAGGACGAGCUGACCACAGCUGUGCGGAAGGAGCUGACCGUGGCCAUGAGGGACCUGCUGGCCCAUGGACUGUAUGCCCCGUCACCGGGGAUGAGCCUCGUCAUGGCCCCCAUUGCCUGUUUGCUGCCAGCCUUCUCCUCGGCCCCCGAGGCCAUGCAUCCCUGGGAGCUCUUUGUAAAGUACUACCAUGCGAAGAAUGGCCGCGCUUACGUGGACUCCCCAGCCCGGAAGCUCUCCCAGUCCUUUGCCCUGCCAGUGAUGGGAGGCACUGCUAUGACUCCCAAACAGAGUCUGCUGACGGCCAUCCAUAUGGUGCUGACAGAGCAUGACCCUUUUAAGCGCAGUGCGGACUCAGAAUUGAAGGCCUUGGUGUGCAUGGCACUGAACGAGCAGCGUCUCGUGUCCUGGGUGAACCUUAUCUGCAAGUCGGCAUCACUCAUCGAGCGCCACUACCAGCCCUGGAGCUACAUGGCACACACAGGCUUUGAGAGUGCCCUCAACCUGCUCAGUCGCCUCAGCAGCCUCAAGUUCAGCCUCCCUGUCGACCUGGCCGUGCGCCAGCUCAAGAACAUCAAGGAUGCCUUUUGAUGAUAGUGCGCUGGCCCUACCCCAGCACCUUGUUCAGUAAAGAUAGAUUGCUGUUGAACACUUCAUUAUAAAAUUGACUCUAGAGCCGCCCAGUUUGGUCCUCAGUAUUUUAGCCUUUUUAGUUCUAUGUCAUUCAGCCUGCAUACUACUCCAGGACUGACCACAGAUGGGCAAAUUGUAUCACUUUCUAGAAAACCAAAUGAGUUCCCAACACUACUGAUUCAGCAUUGUUUCAUGUAUUAAAUUGGCAGCUGCACUUUAUGUCUGCACUAUUACAUAGUGCAUUUUAACUUAAUUUUUCCAGCAAUAUAUUAUUUAAGAUGUAUUGUUGAAAAUUCAUUAGAAUUAGUUUUCCUGUGUAAAGCAGAAUAAAUGUAUAAUGUUGUGGAAAAUGAUAUAUCUGUGGUUGCUAAUAAAAAAUAGUAUUUUGUGUA